GGUUAAAGUUAGAAGGUCAUGUUGAGGGUGUACACGAAUUAGUGGUCGAGCCAUCGAUAUUUCGGUUCAAUCUUAUUCAAAAAAUUAAGAGUCAUCCACAAUAUCCCGACAAAGCAAUCGAUUCGUUUCUUAAUGCACUGCAAGAAUAUUUGGCUUUAGACGAUGAAAAGCUUAAAGCAUGCCUGCAACCGCUCUCUGUGAAUGGAAAAUCAAUAUAUGAUUCUACAUUCGAUAGUUUGAUUCGUAUUUUAUUGAGUAUCGAUUUUUUUCAAACAACCUUAAUUGAUCAGUUGUUAGAAAGAUUGCCAACGUUCAUUUCAGAGUCUGAUCAUGAUAUUAUUGAGUCUCCCAUCCCGCAAUUGAUUUUAAAACAAUUGAAAUGGUUAGAUAACGUCAUAAAUCCUCCGCAAUUAACGGAAAAAAUAUUAGAGGCAU